GCAGCAGCGGCUCCGCUCCGUCUCUGUUCCCGGAGAGACCGCCUCCAUUUUAACACCGACACCCGGCGGAGCAGCAGCGGCUCGCAGCGGACUGAGCGGCCGGCGGAGGGACACGUUCGUGCGGCGGGAUUCCCCCUGAGCCCCGGCGGUGAUUCGUCGGGCCUGAAUCAGCCUUUUUGUUGCGGGAUGGCGGCGCUGCGGCAGCACGCAGCCGGGGCGGCGGUGGAUUUCUGAGGAUUUAACGGGAGAUUUUUCUGCGGUGAAACAUCUUUGAUUUGUCGGAGGAGAGGAAGAGGAGGAGGAUCGGCUUCUGGUGGUCAGGUUCUCUGCGAGGAUGCGGCACUGAGCAUGCUCUGAGUGCUGAUCGUUACCAUGACGACAUUAGGCAGCAGCCAGGCGUGCAGCGGCCAGGACAACUGCUCCGCCCACAGCGAGUCCAGAGACUACUGCUACUCGGCUCGCAUCCGCAGCACGGUGCUGCAGGGGCUUCCGUUCGGAGGAGUGCCCACCGUGCUCGCCCUCGACUUCAUGUGCUUCCUGGUGCUGCUCUUCGUUUUUUCCAUUCUACGUAAGGUUGCGUGGGACUAUGGCCGCCUGGCGCUGGUCACUGACGCCGACAGACUGAAGAAGCGUUUCAGCGACCUGGAGGAACGGGAAUACGUUGCCUCAGCGAUGCACUCGGAGACACCCGACCGUUACGAACGCCUCACCUCCGUCUCCUCCUCUGUUGACUUCGACCAGAGAGACAACGGUUUCUGCUCGUGGCUGACGGCCAUCUUCAGAAUAAAGGAUGAAGAGAUUAGGGAGAAGUGUGGCGAGGAUGCUGUUCACUACCUGUCCUUCCAGCGUCACAUCAUCGGCCUGCUGGUCGUGGUCGGCGUCCUCUCCGUGGGCAUCGUCUUGCCUGUGAACUUCUCCGGAGACCUGCUCGAAAACAACGCCUACAGCUUUGGACGCACCACGAUAGCCAACCUCAAGUCUGGGACGAAUCUGUUGUGGCUGCACACUUCGUUUGCCUUCAUGUAUCUGCUGCUGACCGUCUACAGCAUGAGGAGACACACGUCCAAGAUGCACUACAAGGAGGACGACCUGGUGAAGCGCACUUUAUUCAUUAACGGCAUCUCUAAAUACGCUGAGGAGAGUCAGAUCAAACAGCACUUUGAACAGGCGUAUGAGAACUGCACGGUGCUGGAGGCUCGGAUCUGCUACAACGUGGCCAAACUUAUGUCUCUGAACGCAGAGAGGAAGAAGACGGAGCGCAGUAAGAAGUUUUUCACUGACCUGAUGGCGAAGGAACACGUUCCCACUAUGAUAAACCCCAAACCCUGCGGACACCUCUGCUGCUGCGCCAUCACCGGCUGCGAGGAGGAAGAGGCAGUCAGCUACUACACCAAGAGGGAGGCCAAGCUGAAGGAGGAGUACAGGAAGGAGAAGGAGAAGGUCCACACCAAACCUCUGGGCAUGGCCUUCGUCACCUUCCAGAACGAGGCCAUGACCGCCAUUAUUUUGAAGGACUUUAACGCCUGUCAGGUUCAGGGAUGUCGGUGUCGUCAGGAGCCACGAUCCUCUCAGUUCAGCGAAGUUCUUCAUGUUCACAACUGGAGCGUUUCAUACGCACCCGACCCACAAAACAUCCGCUGGGAGCAUCUGUCGCUCGGUGGGAUCUCCUGGUGGAUCCGCUGCUUCAUCAUCAACUGCAUCCUCUUCCUCCUGCUCUUCUUCCUCACCACACCCGCCAUCAUCAUCUCCACCAUGGACAAGUUCAACGUCACCAAGCCUGUGGAGUAUCUCAAUAAUCCCAUCAUCACUCAGUUCUUCCCCACUCUGCUGCUCUGGGCUUUCUCUGCUCUGCUGCCCACCAUCGUCUACUACUCUGCCUUCUUCGAGGCUCACUGGACCAGGUCUGGAGAAAACAGGACGACAAUGCAUAAGUGUUACACCUUCCUGAUCUUCAUGGUUCUGCUGCUGCCGUCUCUGGGACUCAGCAGCCUGGAUGUUUUUUUCCGCUGGCUCUUUGAUAAGAAGUUCCUGGCUGAUGCUAGUGUCAGAUUUGAGUGCGUCUUCCUGCCAGAUAACGGAGCGUUCUUUGUCAACUAUGUCAUCGCCUCUGCGUUCAUUGGGAAUGCCAUGGACCUGCUCAGGAUCCCUGGUCUGCUCAUGUACAUGAUUCGCCUGUGCCUGGCUCGCUCCGCUGCCGACCGCCGCAACGUCAAGAGGCACCAGGCCUAUGAGUUUCAGUUUGGAGCGGCGUACGCUUGGAUGAUGAACGUCUUCACGGUGGUGAUGGCCUAUAGCAUCACCUGCCCCAUCAUCGUCCCCUUCGGUCUGAUGUACAUGCUGUUGAAACACCUGGUGGACAGAUACAACAUGUACUAUGCUUACUUGCCCUCCAAACUGGACAAGAAGAUCCACUCGGGAGCCGUCACCCAGGUGGUGGCAGCUCCCAUCCUCUGCCUCUUCUGGCUGCUCUUCUUCUCCACUAUGCGCACAGGUUUUGAGACGCCGACCUCCAUGUUCACUCUGGUGGUGCUGAUCGUCACCAUCGUGGUCUGUCUGUCUCACGUCUGCUUCGGACACUUCAAGUACCUCAGCGCACACAACUACAAGAUCGACACCAAGGAGAAUGACGUGGACGCUGUCGAGAAUGGACGUCCAGCUCGUCCGUCGUCCUCCCCCACUACCAAAUCUCAGCAGCAGCAGCAGCAGCAGCAGAUGUACAUCGCCCAGGUGCUUCAGGACCCAAACUCAGACGAGCCGGGCGGUGGCAGCGGCGAGGAGGACCGAGGGUCGUCCCAGGACGAGGAGAUGCUGAAUGGAGGGAACAGCAUCAAUGAGGCGGAUUUUCAGUCAGGGGAGGACAGUCUGAUCGCCAACGAGGUUCACCAGUAGCGGGGGGUGGAGCUAGAGGGUGUGGCGGAGCUAGUUGAGGGUCCAUACCCACACAACAGUUACAAAAUAAAGCUGACUGGAGAAUCACCACACACAUUAACACACACGCAUACAAACUGACUGACACGGUUAGCUCCGCCCCCUCCCAGCUCGAAGACUUGACCUUGACCUUUGACGCCGGCGCCGGGUCGUCCUGCACGUCUGUGUAAACUUGAUGGACGUCAAACUGUCUCCACAGGAAAUCACUGUACAUAACCACAAAGCCAAAUGUUUUUCUUUUUGUUUUUUUUCUCGGGGUUAGGGGCAGGGUUUAAAAAUUCGUGCCUGGGCUGGAUUUUGUUCAUUCGCACUCGUGUCUUGACUCCUGAUCCCACCGCGGGUUGCCGGGACUCGACCCGUCAUGGGGGCAAAGCUGAUACUGACGCUGUCUUCUUCUGGUGAACGCCUCCAAACAAACCUCCAUCGUCACCACCGACCUCCAACAUCGGAGUGCUAAAUAAGUCGCCAACCGCCAGCUCUCGUAGUGGUAGAAGCCUCGCUUACGCAGAUGCAUCGCAGUCUCCCUUCCCUGUUUCGCUGUUUUCCGUUUUUUUGGUGGAACCUGUGCAUCAUGGAUUCUGCUGCUGUGUUCGAAACAUCACCUGGAAGUUUUUUUUUACCUGCCAAGAUUUGGCUGCAUGUUGAUAAAAGUGCUGUCUGGAUUAAUGAUGUCACCACCCUCGGAUGAUGUCAUCCAUCAUGGGACUGUGGUGGCCAGUGAACUCGCUACAUCUCCCCCCUCCCCCAGUCUUAGCGGCACAUCCUCCUGCCUGCCGGUGGAACAUUUGUGGCUUCACGCUCAGCUUCCGUUGGACCGCUCCUUCACCGCAGAACCACUGAACUCAACACGGGAGUAACUUUGUUUUCUGGUUUUGAUUUCACCCGAACUACCUUAAAUCAUGAAACCUGACAAAGGGAACGGGGAUGUUUGUGUCUGUGUAGGGUUAGCAAUCAGAACUCUUUUCAUUCAUAGGGAGAACUUUGUGAAGACACUCUGACAGAAGCAGUCGAGUAGUUUGAGCUCGGGUAGACGCAGAAGAGCAGCGCUUUUCGUCUGGACCGUCUACCCUCGAUGCCUGAAGCUGUCAGAACUCUCAAGGGAAAAUGUUUUCUGUUUGUGUGCGUUUUGAGGCGUGCACUGUGUGUGUGUGUGUGUGUGUGUGUGUGUGUGUGUGUGUGUGUGUGCGCGCGCACGUACAUGUGUGCGUGCAUGCGCGUGUGUGUCCAGUAGCUUAUUGUACGCCAACCUGCACCAUGAAGGGUUCAGUAACAUCACCAGGUAACUAAAACGACAUCCGGCGAACAAGUUCCAGUGCUUCUAAACCCAGUCGUCUCUCUACUGUAGAAUUAGUUCCAAGACGUGUUUUCCUUCAUUUUGGUUUGAAAAGGUUUUGAGAGAAUUUGAUCUUUGACGCCUGCAAACACCAACGUCUGUUUUCCCUGCUGCAGUUGAAGCUCAGAUAUUAUAAAUGUGAUAUUUAAACCAAAUGUUGUGUACAGAACAGAAACAGGUCCAGGACAUGGUUAGCUUAGCUUAGCUUAGCAGACUGGAGACUGGAAGCAGAGAGAAAAUGCUAGCCUAGCUCCAACAUAGUAAAUCUUCUGAUUUACGUUUUAUAUCUUCUUAUUAUUUUCUAUCUGCAUAUCUAAAGCGAACAGUCAAGUUUGAGAUUACAGGGCUCCCAUAGACCCAUCUUGUUGUGCGUCAUAACCUUUAUGUCGUGUUUUCAGGAAUCUGCGUUGCUGCCUUUCUUGGCCAGGAUUCUCUUGUAAAAGAGAUUUUAAUCUCAAUGAGUCUAUUACCUGGUUAAAUAAAGGUUAAUAAUAAGAGUCAUAAAAUGAAUUGAAUUCAUUAAUCCAAAAAAACAAACAAAAAAACAACGCUGUAGGAACCCUGGAUUAAAACACAAAUAUUAGUUCCUUGGUCCGGUUAGCUCAGGGUUAGCUUUCAUGUCUGAUUAAGAGGUCGAUUCUUGUUAGCUAACCCACUGCAUCCUACAGCCAGCCAGGAGUAGUAAACUAGAGCUGAGGGUCAAGAGCUAGCCGACAGUUAGCUUUCUUCCAGUUAGCUAUUUUUCGGUUAGAUUUUGUACGGUUAGCUAUCUAACAAUUAGCUUUCUUUCAGUUAGCUAUCUUACAGUUAGCUGCCUUACAGUUAGCUUUCUUUAAGUUAGCUGUCUUACAGUAAGUAUUCUUAAAGUUAGCUAUCUCACAGUUAGCUGUCUUACAGUAAGCUUUCUUAAAGUUAGCUUUCUUAAGUUUAGCUAUCUUACAGUUUACUUCUGGCGCUUGACCUUUCAGAUAGCUAUCUUUCAUUUAGUUUUCUUACAAUUAGCCAUCUUACAGUUAGCUUUCUAACAGUUAGCUAUCUUCACUAUCUUUCAGUUAUGUUUCUUUCAGUUAGCAUUCUUAAGUUAAGCUAUCUUACAGUUUACUUCUGGCGCUUGACCUUCUGUUCUGGACCAAACCACAUUGUUUAUUUUCAAUAACGUAUGGGUAGAAAACCUCCGUAUCAUGUAUGUAAAAUCAAACCAUGCUGCACAUAUGCUGCCUCAGCUGAUUUUAGCUGGGAAAAAAAGGCCCACCUUCAAAAAAUCAACAUCAGUUUAAUUGUUCGCCAUAUUUACAAUAUUUUGACCGCUUUACGUCACGGUCAGACGGCCCUCUGUGACGUGGAACACAGGAGUUAGUCUGCUGCUGUCUCCAUCAGUUCAUGAAAAUAUACGUUAAAUAUAGUGAACGAUUCCUCCAUUAAUUUUUUUUUCUAGGCGUCUGAAAUAUGUUUUUCCUGCGGCUCGUCCACAGUGGUCAGUUGUUUAGCUUCUGUUUUGGUAGACUUGGUUCAUUAAAGACGUUAGCAAAGCAACACAGAACAUAAAAUAAUCACAUCAGACAGGUCGGACCACCAUGUUUAACUAUAGAACGUUUGUUACGGCUAAAAGGGACAAUAGAAAUAAAGUUUGCUGAUUUCUCUGCAAUUCAAAUCAUCCGCCACGGUGAUUCAGUCUGAACAGCACGGAGAACAAUCUAUCAAGUUCCAGGCUCGCCAGCAUGCUAGCGUUUAGCUUGGUGGCUACAGUAGUUCACCAACAUGACUGUGAGUUACUGAGACUCAGAACUAAAUAUUUCCCGAUGACAGAUUAAUCUCGCUGUGACGUGUCCUGCUGGGACAGCGCCCCCUGAUGGCUAUGCUAACAGUCCGUGCUUCCUGUCUUUGUGCUAAGCUAGGCUAAAUGCGUCUUUCGCCUGUUGCUGUUUAACAGAUCCUGACAUGUUCGUUUCCUGCGCUGUAAAUUUUCACCUCGAGAGGUUUUUAUGAAGAUUAAGCUUCAGCUAAAUUUACUGAAAAUGUGAAAAUGAGCUUCAGCUGCAGCGCCGACGAUUUCAGGAUGGAGGAGGUUCAGUUGUCACUUACCCAUGAUCCUCCUGGUGUCUGAUGAUGUGUGCCAGCCGGGGCCUGUUUGAAUUCUGAUUGGAGGGUUUUGGAGGAAAAAUGGCAGCAUCUUACUCUUCCUUCUGUUUUAAAUUUAAUCUUCUCUGAGUUACUCGAAUUUUACGGAGAAGACGCCAAAUUACUGGAGUCAAAGUCCCAACUAUUCCUGACUUCACGUGUUGGACAAGUGUUUCCAUAUUUAGUUAGGUUUAAGAUAUUUUGGUGCCACCAGGACGACUCAUUCAUCCUCCAAGUGCUCAAAACCAACAAAAACAAAAGCAGCUGCUCGUAUACGCGCACAUGUUGUUGAAAAAAGAGUAUGAUAUUUGGGAGUGAUGGAGGGAAACGGAUGCCCUCGCCUUGGCACCACCGCUGGGAUUGGUCUCUAUGGCAACAGGGCCAGGAAGGCGACCUGACCUGGCUAGCAUCAUCAGGAAGCAGGAGGAACUUUUUCAGAACUCAACAGGUUUCAGUGCAGCGACGUGACGACGACAUAGUCUCAGGUGUUGUUUGUUUUCCUAAAAUAAUGUUUACAUCAGUUUUUGUUGCUCGCUUUGAUUUUUGCCAUGUUGUGCAGAGAGUGUGUGUGUGUGUGUGUGUGUGUGUGUGUGUGUGUGUGUGUGUGGACACAGAGCUGGACUAUGAAAGCUGUAGCCACCAAGACAUAGGAGUGAGUCGACGUCGGUUGGCGGCUACACGCUGGAGAACCUGCAGCGUUUGUGUCCAGACGAUGUUAUUUUGAAUUUAGUUUUCUCUUCACCUACAGCGGGGCGUCUGCUGUCAGGCACUCCGGCCGUGAUUGUAUGCACACGAAACUGAAACUGAACGAGAGCUCAGUGGGUGGACAUGAGGUCUGAAGGUUCAGCUCAGCGGCUCUCAACCCGACAUGAAAAGGAAACAAGACGGAUUCUGACAAAGUGAUGCUCAUACUUAGUUUCCCUAAAAUAAAAACUUGAUCAUCAUCCGGUCUCCCGAAACAGACGGGACGUCCAGAGGAGACCCUAAAAAUUUAUUUUCUUAAGUAACGAAACUGUUUUCAGACGCUCCUGAUGGACACUGAACUUUGACCCUGAUCUGAACAGAGAGAAGAACUAAAUAUGAGCUACAUUUGUGAUGAGAUUUGAAGUCAUCAGUAGGAACCACAGUCACUCUCAGCUUCACAGAGACUUGAAAUAAAGUGAAAACUUCAGCGCCAGUCUGAUCCUCAGAGUCUCUGGACACAAGAGUUAAUGGAAGGUUUUAACCAGAACGAGUCGUUGUUUUCUGCCACAUCUGUGAAAUUAGGAAGAACUUUGUCUUUGUUAUUUAAACAUCAACAGAACUCCACCAGAUACUGAUGAAUGACUUUAUGUUAAAAACACAGCCGUGAACGUUUAUCAUGUGAGUCAGUCGUCAUCAACAACCUGCAACGCUGCUAACACACACACACACACACGUAGCACAAACGUGAUGCAAGCGUUUUCCAAAUUACACACAGAGUCCGUGCAAAGAUGCAAACUCACAGCGGGCGAUGUGGAGACAUGACAUUUGUGCCAUGCGUGUAUUUGCGCGAGUUAGAUUUUUUGAACGUGAGCAAGAAAUUAGCAUGACGCUGUAUUGUGAAAGCCCAGCGUUGAGAUCUGGGUGAGAUUCUCCUGACGUUACUGAAGUGGAAGACAAACAUGAGUGAAUGCAGAGGACAGCAUGUCUGCGACACGUGUCAGAUAUUUUGUUGAGGUGUGUCUGAGCAAAACACUCCGAGUAAUUUAAGCUGGACUUUAAAUAUGAAAAUUAAACACCAGGAAGGAGUGAUGCGGUGAUGUGGUGCUGUGACAGGAUGAUAAAUAAUAAAGGGUGUUGUCGUCUUAGUUCAGAGCCUCCACGUUCACAUCACCAACCGUCAGGUGGACUUGACUGUAAACCAUGCUAGCUGUUAGCUGCCUUCACCACUGAGUUAG